CUAACUGAAAAAAUCAGUUAGUAAAUACUUGCUACAAAAUGAAGGUAGCUCUGGUAUUUGUGGCGUUUCUCGCGGCAGUGUGGGGUGUACCACAAACGAACCAACCAUCCAAAGUUAAUUGGGAGGACUUCCCGAUGAAGCGCAUGUACGUGGACGACAAUGGCGUCGUCGUCGAUUCGACAUUGAGCCCUGGCGUUGGAUCCAGGAUAUUAAAUGGACAUGAAGUCGAACCCCACUCGAUACCCUCCCAAGCCUGGCUGAUCCUCAGGCUCUUCCCAGGAUCCAGCGGUUGGAGUUGUGGAGGUACUUUGAUCACCAAAACAUUCGUUCUCACUGCUGCGCAUUGUGUAGUCGGGGCUGGACUAGCUGAAGUGUACCUUGGAGCUCACGACCGUACUGUUGAAGAGCCCGGCAGAAUUAUAUUGGUAGCCACAAAGCUCAUCGCUCAUCCAAACUACAAUUCUGGCACUAUCUCUAACGACGUCGGUCUCAUCGACCUCGAACAAGAAGUAAAGCUCAGCGAGUUCAUCAACGUAAUCAAACUCCCAAGUCGCAGGUACCUAGGCCAACUAUUUGAAGGUGCGAACUCCAGGGUAAGCGGGUGGGGUCUUACCAGCGGCGGAGGCAGCUUAUCCAACGUCCUAUUGGCAGUCAACAGCACUGUCCUAGGCAAUGCAGUGUGCAGAUCAGUAAUUAGUAUAUUCGAGGAAUCCGAGAUUUGCAUAUCAGGGGAAGGAGGCGUAGGUUCUUGUAACGGAGACUCUGGAGGUCCUUUAAUCUACGGAGACGUCGAAAUCGGUAUCGUGUCCUAUGGCUUUUCGGGUUGCCCCCCUGGAUCCCCAUCGGUGUUCGCCAGAGUCACCAGCUUCCUGGAGUGGAUCGCAAGCAACUCCGAUUACGUUAUUGAAGACUAAAUUUCAUUAUCAUUGAACUGUGCGAAUAUAUAUGUAUUCAACACAAAAAAAUGAAUAAAUAUAAAUGACUACGUA